AUGCGGGGGCUGUACCAACACCUCAAGCGAUCAACGGGCCUCAGCGGGAGACAAGCUGGGGGGCAGCAGUUCGUUACAGAUGAGAACGACGUGCUGCUCCGGAACAAGAAUGCCAUCCUCAAGCGGUGGCGGAGAUUCUUCGAUACCCUCCUGAACUCCAAGUCCCCCACCCUGAACCCAGACGUUGUCGAACAGGUGACGCAGCGAUCAGCGACGCGCGCCACCCGGCGCCUGGCAGCGGUACCAGACCUCGAGGAGGUCGACAGCGACGACGAGCCCAUUGCCCUGGAGCGCCUCCGUGCCAUCUUCGUCGAAGUGUGGAAUGGGGGAGAGAUGCCGCAGGAGUGGAAGGAUGCCAUCAUUAAGGUGUUGUACAAGAAGGGUGACCGGACGAACUGCAACAACUUCAGGGGCAUCUCGCUGCUCUCGCAUGUAGGCAAAGUACUCGCCAAGACCAUCACCAACCGCCUGAGCGCAUUCUGCGAAGCCAACGAAAUCCUCCCGGAGGAACAGUGCGGGUUCCGGCCUGGCCGAUCCACGGUAUGCAUGCUGUUCGUUGUGCGCCGACUCCAGGAGCUGGGGCGGAGGAGGAGAAUCCCGCUCUACAUGUGCUUCAUCGAUCUGCAGAAGGCAUAUGACUCGGUGGACCGGGAGCUACUGUGGAAGGUGCUGGCCCGGGCCGGGAUCCCCGGGGAGAUGAUCGCCGUCAUCCGCAAGUUCCACGUCGGAAUGCGGGCCCGGGUCCGCACGGACGAUGGGGAGCUAUCGGACUGGUUCCCGGUCACGCAGGGACUGCGACAAGGGUGCUCAAUGUCCCCACUGCUGUUCAACGUCUUCUUCGCAGCGCCUCUCGAGAUCAUUGUCACACGGUUCAGCCAAGAUGAGGUUAUCGUGCGGGACCUAGUGUACUUGAAGGAGGAGGAACGGAGGGGGGAGGGAUUGCUGGACCGAGUCCGGAGGGCGGUGUGGGGGAUGCUAUAUGCCGACGAUGCCGGCGUUGUGUCGAAGUCCGCCGACGGCCUGGCGAGGAUGAUGACCAUUAUCGUGGAGGUGUUCCGGGAGUUCGGGCUGACGGUGUCGGAGAGGAAGACGGAGACCUUGGUGAUGCGGGUGAAGGAGAGACAGCGACCGCCGCCGCCGCCACCGCCGGUGCUGACCAUCGAAGCAGCGGGGCAAAGGUACGCACAGACGACCGAGUUCCGAUACCUGGGCGGCCUCGUCAACGAGCAGGGCGACCUCACCCCAGAGAUCAACCACAGGAGCAAAGCAGCGUGGGCGUGCAUUAAGCGAUACGCCACGGAGCUCUUCGACCGACCGGGAGCACCGUUUCGCCUCAAAGCCCGCCUGCUCCAGGCGGAGGCAGUGGAGGCACUGCUAUACGGCUGCAUGACAUGGUCCCCACGCCGCAACCACUACGGAAUGCUGCAGACGACACACCACCGGCUACUCCUGCGAGUCAUCGGCUACCGGCGCAAACGAGGCACCUACCGGCAGCUGUCAUACGCCCAGGCGCUAAAGAGGGUCGGCUGCCAGAGCGUGGAGGCCACUGUCCGUCAACGGCGCCUGCUCUUUGCGGGGGCCGUGGCAAGACAGCCGGACGGGCGGCUUCCGAAACGGCUGAUGUUCGGCGAGUUGGUGGGAGGGGAGGACCCGGGCCAGGGAAACCCGGAGCAGAACUGGCUGACAUGCCUGAAGGACGACAUGAAGAUGUUCGAAGCCAGGUACGGCUCCACGACCGACAAGCCGAGCGUCUUCGGAGUCCCGAAGUUAGUCUGGAGUGAGGCGGCGAAGGUGGAGGGGGGGGUACCGUGGCACGCGGGGGUGCUACAGGGAGCUGAGAGGUUCAUGGCCUCUUGGCACAAGGGCAAGGAGGAGGCCAGCCGACAACGAGCCAUCAAACGAGGAGACAGCGGGCCCAAAAAUAGUCUAGAUACGGCACCAAUCAACGGGGCGGUAGGGGGGCGGAAGGAAACGGCGCGGCGGGAAGAAAGCAAGCGAGAAGAGACCGACCGCGUGACGUGA